GUCGUUUCUUACUUUGAGUGUAUCGAGCACGCCUUUGUUUUUAAAGGUUUGGUAGAGUCUUUUCCUCAGUUCCUCUGCGGAGAACGCAUCCUCCUUAGACGAGGACAUAACGACGGAUAAAACGCGACGGGUCUUUCAGGAAGUGAGAUUGAAAGAGUUUUCCGGUCAUUUUCGGGUUUGGCUGAGAAGAUAACCGGACAAUGUUUGGAAGCUUUUACUUUGUGAUGGUUGGCCAUCAUGACAAUCCUGUGUUUGAGAUGGAGUUUUUGCCACCUGGGAAACCCGAAUCAAAGGACGACCACCGUCACCUCAACCAGUUCAUUGCACACGCUGCCCUAGAUCUGGUGGACGAGAACAUGUGGCUGUCCAACAGCAUGUACCUCAAAACUGUGGACAAGUUCAACGAGUGGUUCGUCUCAGCCUUCGUCACAGCAGGACAAAUAAGAUUCAUCAUGCUGCAUGACGCCCGACAAGAAGAUGGAAUCAAGAACUUUUUUAACGAUGUGUACGACUUGUACAUUAAGUUUGCAAUGAAUCCUUUCUAUGAAAUCAACGCACCGAUCCGCUCGACAGCAUUUGAGCGGAAAGUCCAGUUCCUUGGAAAGAAACACCUCCUGAGCUAGUCAUUCCGCAAAGUUUUGAAUGUAUUCUUUCUCUUGUAUAUAACAAAAAUGCUUGUCUGUACUUUCUUCUCCUGUUGCAUAAAAUGAAAUUAGUACUAAAUGAGUGUGAUGUAAUUUA